GUUAUCAUGAGUGAUGGCGUUUCAAUCAGUUCAAGAUCAGAUAUGCGCAGUUAUAUCAGAGAUCUUGGUUUCAAAUUGAAAAAUAUACCUGGCUCGCCCAUGCCAUUCAAGUGGAGUCCAGUAUUGCCAACGGUGUCUAUGAAGAAACUUGAUGCUAUUUAUGAGAUGCGUUGGGCUAAGAAGCCGAAAAAGUACAUUGUUAAGGUUGAUGCAACCGAUUCGGCGAUUGCUGAUGCUGGUUUCCAGUAUUUCAAGGAAUGUCGACAGAUAGAAGUAAUGAAAUUAAAUUUUUGUGAUUUUUUCACUGAUCGUGCAAUCGAGCAUCUUGUUAUCGGUCGACCAUCACGGACAGUAAGGAAUAUAGAGAUUGUCGCAAAUCCAUAUGUGAGUGAUAAUUUCGUCAAAUGGAUCACCCGAAUACGAGGAUUACAACGAGCGCAUUUUUACUUCCUACCGUGUGUGACGCACCAGAAAGCUUUUUUGGAAACCAUGAAAAAUUCGCUGCCAAACUGUUUAAUCAGUUUCCCGGAGCUGCAGAAAGUUGGUUUCGGCUAUGAUAGCUCCGAGAAUAGCAACAAAAAGUUAGUAUUUUUUUUUUUUUUGUACAGGUUUGUUGACAACCAAUCUUUCUACGAUUUGUUCAUUCGUUGA